AUGAAAUAAGGGGAUCAUUUAAGUUCAACAACAAUUAUUAUUUCAUCAGGAUUGGCUAGUGUGAUAAGCACAAUAAUUAGUAAUCCAUUUGAAGUUUUGAAAAUACGAUUGUAAGUAGAUAAGAUGGACUGCCAUGAACAUUAACAUCAUCGAAAUGCUCAUCGAAGCAAACCAAAAUUUAAAUAUAUUCACGAAAUAGCUUUAACAGGACAAUCAACAAGACAUUAAUUAAAUCAUUAUGGAAUGCUGUCAAAAUCAUUGAAUUUGUGGAAACCUCAUAGAAUGAUUAAUAUGAUAGGAAAAUCCUAGGCCACAAACCCCUUAAUUAAAAUUUAUUAGAAUUGUUCUUGCAUUGCUACUAAUUCUUUGGUUUAAGCCUUUUAACACAUUUAUACACAUGAAGGAGCAUCAACAUUUUUUAAUGGAUGGAGAUAUGCUGUAUUAUAGGCGGGAGCAUCAAAUAUUAGUUACUUCAUGUUUUAUGAGAGAACAAGAAAAUUCUUAUAAUAAUUGGAAUUGCCAUCAAGUAGAUUGGUUGUUCCUUUAUUAGCUAGUUCAUUUAGUAGAGCAUUGACAACAACAAGUAAGAUUUGAUAUAUAUUUAUAGUAACAUUUCCAUUGGAAUAUUGGAAGGUAUUGUAAUCAUCCACUGUUGGAUAUUCUAAAUUGAAGAAUGUUUAAUUAGGUACAUAGUUUCAUUCAGCCUAUUUAAUAACAAUUUAAAGAGAUAUAUUAUUUUCAUGCAUAUAUUGGAGUCUUCUAGAAAAUUUAAAAAUAGAGAUAGGAAAGAUAUUAAUAGAUUUGCCUAAUGCAGUGAAUCUAUUAUCAGCAAUGUUAGCAAGUAGUGUUACAGCUACAAUGACCCUUCCAUUAGAUGUUGUAAAGACAAGAAAACAAGUUAGUACUAGAAGUGAUUUAGGAUCAAGUCGAUAGAUGGCUACUAUGGAAAUUUUGUAGAACAUUUAUAGUCAAGAAGGAUUGAAAGGACUAUUUAAGGGAUACUAACCUAGAAUUGCUAAAGUUACAAUGCAUUCUGGUUUAGUCUAUAUGAUGUAUGAGUACCUAAAAUAAUUGUUCUGAUUUUCAAUUACUAUUUAUAAAUUGAGAUGUUUUUAU